AUGGGUCGAGUGGGGUUGCGCCGACAGCCGGCGACGAUUGCGGGUCGAUUGAUGACACUAACGGUGCUGUUUGUUCUCUUCACGAUCUUCAUCGGUCAGGCCACGGGUCAGGACACGGAGUUCGCACCGCACGUUACGGCCACCUGCAAGUCCGGCACGAUGAACAUCAAGAUCCAGUUCGCGGGCCCGUACAACGGUGUGGUGCACGCGCGGGACUUUCGGACACCGGCCUGCAUGACCUUCGGCAACGGAUCGGCAUCGCUCGGGCUCAGCCUCAACCUGCUGGCCAAGUCCGGCAACAGCGAGUACUGUGGCAUUCUCGUCAGCAACGUGAGUGGUGGUGAUCGCACCGAGGAACGCUCCGUCCAGCUGGCCGUCCGUGUGCACAAAACGUUGGAGCUCGCGGACGACAAAUUCUACGUUAUCACAUGCGGCAAAACAGGAUUCGCUAGGGAUGACAGCGGUGCGGUGGCAUUAAAGUUCCUGGACAGUACUGGGCGCCGUGUCCGGGAAACGGUUUACAACCGGGAGUACACGAUCAAGGCGGAAGUUACCAAUCCCAACGGUACGUACGGCAUCCGCGUGAAGAACUGCUUUGCCUUCAACAAGAAAAACAUGACCGUGGUGCUGAUUGACGAUCGAGGCUGCCCGUUGAAAAAUGACACGAUGACACGGUUCCGGCCGAGUGCGGAUGGUACCAGCGCGACGGCACAGAUCAAGUCGAUGUUUAAAUUCUCCGAAGGAUCCGAGGUACACUUCCAGUGCGAUGUGGUGCAGUGUAAUGGACGGUGCCCCGACGACGAAUCGAUGUGUACCGGCGAUGCGAACGCGUUCGUCAAAACGGCCCGUGCCUUGGGUCAGGAAGACGAUGGAAUGCUGCUGGCGGCCACGACCGUCUUUGUGAUCGAUCCUGCCUUCGCGCCAGUUAUCUCACCAAUCUGUGACGACACGGGAAUACGUCCGCACUGGCUACUUUGGCUGACGAUCGCACUCGGCGUGCUGUUUUUGAUCAUGCUACUGAUGAACAUCUUCCUCUGCACGGCCAUGAGCUGCAGCUGUGCGCAGACUGAGAUCAUCGAGAAGGAACCGUCUAUCAUCGAAGAGUACGAUCCGUACCGAAGUUGGCACGGGUCACAGUACGGAUCGCGUUACUCGCUGCAUGGUGGCCGCGAGGGUGGCCACAACAAAGGUUACACGAGCGGUGGCAGUACGAUCCACUCCAACCGAUCGCUGCCGAUCGACUCGGACCAUUACGCGAUCGUGCACAGCCGACCCGGUUCACGGCAUUCCGGACUGCACGGACAUCGGCCACGUGGACCACCGAGCAAUAUGUAA